AAAUAAGAUUUAAGUAGAUAUAGUGCGUUAUAGGUGUGUCCCAGUGUCAUUUUAACAAAAUAAACUCAUUCUGUCAAGAGCCCCAAUCUUGUGUCAACGUCAGAGAAUUAUUGGGAUAUGAUCUUGUCUUUUCCUUUCAUCGAGGCAACAAUUGUUUCACGCAUAAUCUUGAUAAUCUGUUCCCUUGUCAUUCUGAAAGAAGCCCAAGCUUAUGAAAAUAUGACGUCCUCUGUCGACCCGGGGACUUUCGUCAGAGAGGCCGAGGCCUGUCGAGUCUUUUCAUCUACUUUUUACAGAACUGUGGGCGAAAAGUUGAAGGAUUCAAAUAUCGUCUCAUCACCUCUCAGUGUCCACUUACUAUUAUCAUACCUCACUCAUGGAGCCAAAGGACGCACCGCCGAGGAAAUGAUGAAUGGUCUCACCCUAAGUGAUAUUGAACGAUGGCACAUUGGCUACAAGGGUCUCCUCUCCUCAUUAAAUGGACCAGCUAAAUCCGACCUUCUCGUAGCUAACUCAGUAUUUCUAAAAAAUGGUGUUGAGUUACUCCCAGAUUUCUCGUCGAUUGGAGCAGAUUUCUACGACUUUACUGUUUCCAAUCUCGACUUUACGAACUCAGCUGAGUCAGCAGGAGAAAUAAACAGCUGGGCCAUGAAGAAAACACACGAUAAAAUAAACAAUAUCAUUUCUGCAGAUGACAUAACUGAUGAUACUCAGAUGAUCCUCGCAAAUGCUAUUUACUUUAAAGGCUCUUGGCAAUUUCCUUUUGACGUUGAGAAAACAACACCUAAGAAUUUUCAUGUUAGCAAAGAUGUUGUUAAGAGAGUUGCUACGAUGAGCCAGAAAAAACGAUUUCGACAUGGCGAUCUUCCAGAGCUUAAAGCUAGAUACAUCGAAAUCCCAUACACAGAUGAUAAUCUAAGCCUGGUGGUUGUACUUCCAACGGAGAUUGAUGGUCUAUCCUACUUGGAAAAGAAUUUCAACUGGAAUUUGGUAUUGACUGCAGAUUACACUCAAAAAGAGACAAUUCUCCAUUUGCCAAAAUUCAUUGUGGAGUCCAAAAUUGAUUUGAAGGAGAUACUUCAAAAGGUGGGCUUGUUAGCAAUGUUCGAAAACAGUGCUGAUUUAUCCGGUAUUGCAAAUGUACCUCUAAAAGUCAGUAAAAUAUUGCAGAAAGCAUUUAUCGAGGUAAAUGAAUUUGGCACAGAGGCAGCAGCUGUUACAGUUGGACAAAUAAGAUUAAAACGAAUGGUCCACGAGCCGGAUGAAUUCAAUGUCGAUCGUCCCUUCAUGAUCGCAAUCCGGCAUAAACCCAGUGACAUUCCCCUCUUCGUCGGCAGUGUUCGUGAUAUUGGUGAAACUAUCCCCAAAGAUGAGCUCUAACUCAACAAUCAAUUUAUUUUCCAGCACAACAAAUCUAUUUUAUAAUAUUUCUCAUGUUUACAGCAGCAAUAUACAUCAAUAAACCUAAUUUUUCUAUCACAA